AUGAUCCAAGGUGGAGAUUUUACGAAAGGUGAUGGAACUGGUGGAAAGUCUAUUUACGGGGAACGAUUUCCCGAUGAAAAUUUCAAACUUCGUCACACAGGUCCCGGUGUUGUGAGUAUGGCUAAUGCCGGUGUUGACACGAAUGGUUCUCAGUUUUUUAUUUGCACUGCUAAAACUUCUUGGCUUGAUGGUCGUCAUGUGGUUUUUGGUUAUGUAUUAGAAGGAAUGGAUGUCGUACGUCAGAUUGAAGACGUCGAAAAGGGAAGCAAUGAUCGACCGAAUGAAGAUGUAGUUAUCGUUGAUUGUGGCGAAAUUGACAUUCAGGAAGAUGAAAAACCAGUUAGAGUUGAACUAUAA